CAAAUAUCAUGUGGGAUUCACGUUGUUUAUGUUUCCAACCGAUAGAGAUCCUAAGAUAAUUUUUUUAUUUAAAUUAUAUAAAAGAAUAGUUAUUAUUUUAUUGAAUGCAAAAUGAAGUAUAAUUAUAAGUUUCAAAACUUACUGGGGACUGUCUACAAAAAAGGAGAUGUGGUAUUUAGUCGUGACGGAAAUAGCGUCAUCAGUCCUGUGGGGAACAGGAUUACAGUUUACAAUUUAAAACAGAACAAAAAUAUCACGUUACCUGUGGAAAGUCAUUAUAAUUACACUGCUAUAGAUGUCUCACCAAAUGGAUCUGUUUUAUUGGCUAUUAAUGAAAAGGGCGAAGCACAAAUGAUAAGUCUGGUGACUUGUUCAGUGAUACACAAAUAUAAAUUCAAGCAGGAGGUCAAUGCAGUUAAGUUUAGUCCAGAUGGGAAAUAUUUUGCAGCUUGUUGUGCCGAUACAGUAUUCAUAAUGACAGCACCAACCAGUUACACGGGUGAAUUCCGUUCCUUUGUCAUGAAGAGAGUCUAUCAAAAGGCAUAUGACGAUGUAACAUGUUUAGACUGGUCAUCGUGUUCAAAAUUAUUAGCCGCCGGGUCUAAAGAUACGACGACGAAGAUCUACACUGUUGAUUAUUUAGACAAUAUUAACAUGUUUUCAUUAAGUGGACAUACGGAUAAAGUGGUCGGUGUAUUCUUUGAAAAGAAAAGUUUAGAUUUGAUAACUGUAAGUAGGAACGGACAGGUUUGUCUGUGGGAGGCGAGUAUAGACCCAGAUGACUUGAUUGUAUCGGAAGUACAAAUACCACACAGAAAACGAAGGAAGUUCCAAAAAGCAGAAGAUAGUGAAGAUGAUAUUGAUGAAAAGAAUGUUAUUGAAAAAGACAAGGAAUAUCAGAGUGAUGAUGAUAAAAGUGAAAAAGAUGACAUUAAAGUAAAGGAGGAAAAUAGAUUGGUGUUCAGGAAACUUGGCAGACAUUACAUAGGAGAUGCUAUACGGAGUGCCGAUUGUAAGGUGAAGCUUACCGCUGCUCAGUACCACAAAGCUACUAAAAUGUUAAUCACAGGUUUCUCAAACGGCGUGUUCUUCCUGCACGAGCUGCCGGACGUGAACCUGGUGCACUCGCUGAGCGUGUCGCAGCACCGCAUCGGCAGCGCGGCCGUUGUGAGUUCAGGCGAGCAGUACGUGCUGAAGCAGCAGGGCCACUCGCAGGACAUGACGUGCGUGGCGUACUCGCCCGACGGACAGUACCUGGUGACGGGCGGCUACGACGGCAAGGUGAAGCUCUGGAACACCUCCACCGGCUUUUGCUUCGUCACCUUCACCGACCACUCCUCCACCGUCACCAGCAUCGUCUUCAGCGCCAACAAGAAGUUCUUCGUAUCCUCGUCGCUCGAUGGCACUGUUAGGUGUUAUGAUCUGACAAGGUACCGCAACUUCCGCACGCUGACGUCGCCGAGCCUGGCGCAGUUCGCGUGCGCGGCGCUGGACGCCAGCGUGCGCCUCUGGAACUGCAUAGAGACCAGCACCGACUCCGAGCUCAUACAACUAACGUCUGACGCGCUGCAAGUUGCGUAUAGACCGGACGGUGAAGAGAUAGCAGUGUCGACGUUGGACGGCAAUAUAACGUUCUUCAGUUCGGGCGGCGAGCAGAGCGGCAGUAUCGAGGGCCGCGCGGACCUGGGCGCCGGCCGCGGCGACACGGACCUUGUUACAGCUAAGCAACAACUUAAAUCUAAGGCUUUCACGACAAUAUGUUACUCGGCGGACGGCGGCAGCGUGCUGUGCGGCGGCAACUCCAAGCACGUGUGCCUCUACAGCGUCAGGGAGGCCGUGCUCCUCAAGAAGUUCGUCAUCACGCAGAACAGAUCCCUUGACGCUAUCAGUUUUCUGACGUCUUCUGAACAGUAUAGUAAUGUUAUAUCCAGGCCAUUCCGGUUGGAGACGAGCUCUACUCCAGCCGCGGUAAAGAAUCUUCUAGAAGAAGGCGAGUGGGGCCGCGCGCUGCUCGCCGCGCUGCAGCUCAGCGAGCACAGCCUCAUACAGCAGUGUGUAGAAGCUACACCACACACGGAUAUCGAGUUAACAGUGCGGGAUCUAGAAGAUGAGUACCGGCACCGUCUGGCCAGCUCCGUGGCUCGUCUUCUAGAAGACAGCCGGCACCUGGAGCAGCUGCUGGUGUGGGCGCGCGCGCUGCUGGCGCCAGCCCGCCUGCCGCAGACUGCGCUGCUCGCGCUCGAGAAGGUCCUCACUGCUAAAUACUCGCAGCUCAGCAAAAUAUGUGAUUUCAACAAAUACACGAUACGCUGUAUAAAGUCUGUGGCAGAGAUCGCUCCCAAACAAGAGGAUGUCGAUAUGGACACUGACAACGAAUCCAGCGGCCGAGGAACUUUCUCUGAUACAGACUAAAUUAGUUUGAUAAUAAAAGAUUUUUAUACUGAU